UCCUGUAUACCGACAGUCGAUUGGUCGCCGCAUACGGUUUUCAUUGGCUUUAGCAAUAACUACCGAUGAUAUUGGCACCGCCCUUAUUUUGUUGCCCCUUGGCUUGUGCCACUGCUGUGGUAGACUCGUGCAGGAGGACUUUGUUUGUGUUGUUGAUGUAUGGCUCGGCUCAGCAUCUCUGGCUCUUGCCAGGUCCAAGGCGUAGAUUAGACCCACGAUGUGUGAGCAGUAGCCUGGCGCGCUAAAAAUAUAAGCGGGAAAAUAUUAUCAUUGCAAAGUGGUCAGGCUAAUGUCUUGUGUUUAUUCCACAAGAUUUAUGGAUAAGCUGUUUGAUUUAUAAUUAUUAGAUUAUUUUCAAAUUUCACUUACCCUGCUGUGCAUGAACAUAGCUGUUCCUCAAUUUGUGUUUCCCCCAUUUGAAUGGUCAGCGUAUGAGGCGGCUGCUGCUUGCGCUGGGACCUAUAGGCUUUAGCUUCAAUUUUGAUCAAAUUAUUCUCUAAUCGGUUGCAAAUUAUAUCGUGGAUAUAUCCCUCGAAUGCAUACUGCAGUCCCUUUUGUCUUGCUCUCUCAGAUAUUUCACCUGUUCGCCAAAAAUUACUAAUUAUCUCCUUGGGAAUGUCUGACACCGCUGCAUACUGAAAUAGACGUGCCAGGCGCGAAAGCUUGACAGGCGUAGCAACAGUAACUAAGGAGGGCGGGGCUUAGCGAAGGGUCAAUUGACUUAACAUGUAAAUCACUCGCGCUUAACGCUUCAUUCGCAUCUGGUGUGAACGCACCAUUAUAUUAGGGAACAUUGUGUGAAUUUCACUGAAAUAUUUGACUUCUUUCAUUUUUCUCUUCUAAUCCUCAGGAAGACUGUUGGUGUUGAUCGAAUACUAUGCGAGUCUAUAAUUAUAAGUUCUUUUCAUUUACGGUAUUUACAAAACAGCGCACCUUUUAGAUGCACGAAUCGUGACUAAGUUUUCAAGCAAGCAGGAAUAUCUGGAGGAGUAUCAUCUGAACUGAGAUCUGCUGCUGUGAGAAGAUGGUGUUUGUUAAAGAGGAGAGAGAGGAGGACACGAGUGAACCAGAAACCUGGAGAAUAAAACAUGAGGAACCAGAACCCUGGAGAAUAAAACACGAGGAACAAGGAGGCCUGAUGAAAGUGAAAGAAGAAAGACAAGAUCUGAAUGAGGUGGAGGAGAAACAUCAGGAUCAGAAAGAUCAUGAUGUCAGUGGAGAAAAAUCAGUGAGUUGCAGCAUUCAAAUAACAGACGUCAAAAGGCCUUUCAGCUGCUCUCAGUGUGGAAACACUUACAAACAUAAAAGAAGCCUUAUGAAACACAUGAGAAUUCAUAGAGAGGAAAAGCCUUUCAGCUGUUCUCAGUGUGGAAACAGUUUCACGUGCAACAAAAACCUUAAGAAUCACAUGUUAAUUCAUGCUGGAAUAAAGCCUUUUACCUGCUCUCAGUCUGCAAACACUUUCAAACAGAAAGGAAGCCUUAGGAAACACAUGAGAAUUCAUAGUGGGGAAAAGCCUUUCAGCUGUUUUCAGUGCGGAAACACUUUCACGUGUAACAAAAACCUUAAGGAUCACAUGUUAAUUCAUGCUGGAAUAAGGCCUUUCAGCUGCUCUCAGUGUGGAAAGAGUUUUACACAGAAAGUACACCUUAAGAAUCAUUUCGUAACUCACACUUCAGAAAAGCCUUUUAUCUGCUCUCAGUGUGGAAACACUUUUACACGUAAAGCAAACCUUAAGAAACACACGUUAAUUCAUAAUGGCAUAAAGCCUUUCAGCUGCUCUCAGUGUGGAAAGUGUUUUACACAGAAAGGACACCUUUAUCAUCAUUUGGUAACUCACACUUCAGAAAAGCCUUUCAGCUGCUCUCAGUGUGGAAAGUCUUUCACACGUAAAGGAUACCUUGAGACUCACAUGUUAAUUCAUGCUGGAAUAAAGCCUUUCACUUGCUCUCAGUGUGGAAAGAGUUUCAUAUGUAAAGGAAUCCUGAGGAAUCACAUGUUAAUUCAUACUGGAAUAAAGCCUUUCAGCUGCUCUGAGUGUGGAAAGACUUUUACCCAGAAAGGACACCUUAAGGUUCACACUGCCAACACGCAUUGAUGUUCAAACAACAUGUAAAAGUGAAUUUUGCAUCUGAUGACCGAAACUUGUGUACUGUGUAGGGAAGGAUAUUGUUAAGGUUUUAAAAGUAUUGCUUUUCUUACUGAUACUGCUGAUCCAUCUAGUAUUUUAACAGUAUUCUUAUUGGUUCUUUUUGUUAUUUGAAAAGAAAAACAAAUCAGACAUUUUAAAGAAAUUAAGAACACAUUCAGAACAUUGCUUACAUUAAUUUUUUUUUUUAAUUUGGCCCAAUUCUCAGGAUGUGAACUUUUUUUCUCAAAACUAUUGAGAAUUAAAUAUGUUCAGCUCUCUGAAAAAUUAGUUUCUUGUUCACACCAGAUUUGAAUUUCUUAAUUUAAUUUAAACUGCAGAUGUUUUGGCACGUGUGCAAAAGUAUUGUCUACAAUUUGCACAGUUAUUAAAUGAACAUGGCUUUCUUCUCAGACAAAUUAUUUAUAUUUUUUUCAUCAUGUGAGUCUUCACAUACAAAAUAAUCCAAAAGCUGUCAAACGUCGUUGUAUAUUCCACCAAGAAGAUGGAAACUUGUAGCAAUAGUAUUUUUUCCCUCUCUCUCUGAUGGAUGUCAUUUUAUGGAAGUUUUCUGUUUACUAUAUGAUUCUUCAUGUAAAUAAUCAAUAAAGGUUUUCGUUUACAUA